CCUUCAGUUCGCGACUCCACGACCACCCCCCCUCCCCCAGCUCUCUCUCUCUCUGUGACCAUCUCCGGCGGCAGCGACCAUCUCCAGCAGCGGCGACGCUCUCUGUGAACGACCCUUCGUCUCGAUUCAACUCUCACCUUGCCGAAGCUCUUCAUCCGUGGAAAUUGAAUCAUAAAGCAGGGAAGGAAGCUUGAGCACCAAAGAUCUUGAUUCUUUGGUUUUUGUUUUACAAUUAUCUGGUGGAAGGUUGGGAGGAAGUAGUCCUUUGAAAGCAAAUCGAUUCUUCUGAAAAAUCUAUAUCUAGCCUUGAAGCAACGGGUCAUUUGUGUCAAUUCCCCGAGAGAGCACCGUGACAGGAAGUGAUAGAUACUGUAAGUGCGGCACCCGCAGCCAUGACAGCGGCAAAAACUCUGUUCGUUUCCUCUCCCGCGCUUCUUCAGCACUCCUUGAACUCUUCUCAGAUUUGGCCGUACCCUUCUAUAAGGGCAUUCAGACCUAUUAUCUCUUCGAAAGCAAACCCUAGCAAUGAUGUCUUCAUUAGGAGUAGGAACUUCCAUACAGCACCAGUUAUUCGGGAACGCAGAUACAAGGUGUUUGCGGUUUCUAGAUUGGUGGAUGGUAAUUCUGGCAACGACAAUGAUUCUGCACGCAGAAAUUCGGAUAUGGGGGCAGCCAUUGACAUAAAGUUUCCAAGAAGAAGUUUGCUGGUGGAAUUUACAUGUAACCAAUGUAAUGGGAGGACAAAGAGGAUUAUAAAUCGAUUAGCUUACGAACGGGGGCUUGUUUUUGUUCAAUGUGCAGGUUGUCAAAAGUAUCACAAACUGGUCGACAAUCUUGGCCUCAUAGUAGAGUAUGACUUCCAGGAGGAAGACAUGGAUGUGGACUCGAAUUCAGAUCAAGUUUGAUUAUGUUCUAACGAUAUCAUUUCAAUGUUUCGACUUUCGUUUUGGAUCGUUUCCAUGACGUUUGUUCCACAGAUGAUGAUAUCUUGAAAUUUCAUGCCAUUAUUUGCCAUUCCAUUGUUUCCUGGAGGGACAGCAAUAUCAUAAUUUGACAGGCAAGAAUGAUUGUUGCUCUAGCAUUCUGAUCUCAAGGCGUGGAGUAAAAGUAGUUAGCCUUGUUGAUGUAUAAGUUUUACGGUCAUCUGAAAGGAGAUUGUUUUUCAUUUAAAAAAAAAAAAUUGAGGUUGCAAUUGACAAAGGAAAAAUCAAUUUACUACUCUGCUUGCUUAUUCUUAGGUACAAAACGACGUAUGAAUUCUAUCAUUUCCAUUACAAACAGAACAAUAUGUGGAAAAUAUGGUGCAUCUUGGUAAGAAA